CUGAUUUUUUAAAACGUAUUUGAAGAUCAUUUUUGUCGUGACUCAAUUAUUUUUAAAUUUCAGACACGCUUGCUAGAUCCAUUAGGCCUUAUUGCUGGCACGCAGACACGUGGUUCUGAUUAUGACCUUUCCAGCGAAGAUAAGGAAGAUCUGAUGAAUAUACAGAAAAGUGCCAAACGACAUUAUGAUGAAAAUGCCAGAACAUCAAAUAGGCCCGACAGAGAUACUUAUCACGAAUCCAAAAGCAAGACAUUGCCUCCGAUUGGCAGCCGAGUACGGAGAGGUCCGGACUGGCAUUAUAGACAGCAAGAUAGCAAUGGCCCUGGAACGGUCAUAGGGCAUGCUGAUAACGAUCAACAGCUUUGGAUAGAAUGGGAUGCAGAUGAAAACCAAAAUGUUUAUAUGUAUGGGCCUCUAGGAUAUGACGUACUUAUUGUGGAUGAACCCAGAAAACUUAAACCAGGGGAGAAAAUAGCAGUUGGUUGUAAAGUAGUACCUGGAAAGGACUGGAAAAACACUGAUGGCAACGUAAAUCUGGGCGUGGUUAUUAAAGUAAAGAGAAAUAAAAAGAAGGCGAAGGUAAGACACAAUAAGUUCGGUAGGAGCGGUAGCCUUGUGGCUAAGGUGUCUGCCUGUCAACCUAGGGAUCAUGGGCUCGAGCCCUAUAUGGGGCACGACCGUGUUUCCUAG